AUGUAUGACUUAAGACACGGAACCAUCAGAUUCGAAACGAACGUCGCAAACGGCGUUUGCGAUGUUGAAUUUGACAGGAAGGAUAUUUCAAUGAACAAGUUCAUCGCUGCGUGCCUAGAGAGCCAGUUUGUGAUGUUUGAUGCACGGACGCAGCACAAUACCGAAGGUUUUGCAUCGACAACUCAAAAGACGAAGAUUAGCACAACGCUUUGGGGUGUUCGCCAUCUUCCACAGGAUCGAGAAUUAUUCACUGCUUUGCUUGGGGACGGCUCAGUGGAGCUAUACAGAUACGAAUAUCCAUCGAAGCGAGUAUCAACGCACGCAGACGGUAGCCCCCGGGGAUUAGGAGGGAAAGCAAAACAUAUGGGUUCUGCACAGCUCUCGACACAGCCGGUCAACAGUUGGGACUGGCACGCGGAGAGAAGAGGAUUGGGGGUUUGCACCAGUUUUGACCAAGUUGUUCAUGUGGUCAUUGCAAGCACUUGUUGA